AAAACAAAAAUGGCAGACGUUAUCUAGUGUUCUCCAAUAUUUGUUCGUAUGAAUUCUAAUCCAAGAUUUCUCUGGUACUGGGGAAGAAGCAAUAGUCUAAGUUGUAAGAAAAGCAAGAGAGGUGUGGGGCGAAGAUGGGUGCCAUCAGCGAUCCGAACCCGGAGGGUUCAGACGAGCAGCAGAAACGAUCGGAGAUAUACACGUACGAGGCCCCGUGGCACAUCUACGCCAUGAACUGGAGCGUCCGCCGCGACAAGAAGUACCGCCUCGCCAUCGCCAGCCUGCUCGAGCAGUAUCCCAAUCGACUAGAGAUCGUCCAGCUCGACGACUCCAACGGCGAGAUCCGCUGCGACCCUAAUCUAUCUUUCGACCAUCCUUAUCCCCCCACCAAGACAAUCUUCAUUCCUGACAAGGAGUGCCAGAAGCCCGACCUUCUCGCCACCUCCUCCGACUUCCUACGCAUUUGGCGCAUCUCCGACGAUCACUCCCGCGUCGAACUCAAGUCUCUCCUUAACGGCAACAAGAACAGCGAGUUCUGCGGCCCGCUCACCUCCUUCGAUUGGAACGAGGCGGAGCCCAAGCGUAUCGGCACUUCCUCCAUCGACACUACCUGCACUAUCUGGGACAUCGAGCGGGAGACUGUCGACACCCAGCUUAUCGCCCAUGACAAGGAGGUUUAUGAUAUCGCCUGGGGCGGCGUUGGUGUUUUUGCUUCUGUCUCCGCCGACGGUUCGGUUAGGGUUUUCGACCUGCGCGACAAGGAGCACUCCACCAUCAUUUAUGAGAGCUCGGAGCCCGAUACCCCGCUUGUCCGGUUGGGGUGGAAUAAGCAGGACCCCAGAUAUAUGGCCACCAUCAUAAUGGACAGCGCCAAGGUGGUUGUGCUGGAUAUCCGCUUCCCCACACUGCCAGUGGUUGAGCUUCAGAGGCAUCAGGCAAGCGUCAACGCCAUCGCCUGGGCUCCCCACAGCUCCUGCCAUAUUUGCACCGCUGGGGAUGAUUCCCAGGCGUUGAUUUGGGAUUUGUCCUCCAUGGGUCAGCCUGUAGAGGGCGGGCUUGAUCCAAUUCUUGCCUACACCGCUGGGGCUGAAAUCGAGCAGUUGCAGUGGUCUUCUUCCCAGCCUGAUUGGGUUGCCAUCGCCUUCUCCACCAAGCUUCAGAUUCUCAGGUUGUGAGAGCAAAAGAGCUGCAGACUCAUAUUUUUAGAUCGCUUGGGAAGCGGUGUGAUUUAUGGACCCUGAAAUGAAAUACAAGAACCAGAAGACAACUCUUUGCCGUUUGGUUUAUGCAACAUAACCAUUACCGUUCUGUUAAACAAGUCAGUGUGAGUGUGUUAGUCUAUUUGCUUGUGUGAAAAGUUUGAUUAGUUGCUAUCUGUGACAAUUGACAAUGCAGUAGUUGGAGGCAUGAAGAUGCGGGUUGGUUACCCUGGGCUGCUUUGAGAUGCUUCUUUUAAUUAUAAACUAGCUUUAGCUGUACAACUGCUAUGAGGAUGACUAAGUUCUUGAUUGAUGGUAUUGAAAACCAAAUCAGUUAUAGAUUAUAGAUGGAGGAAGAGCUUUAGAAUACAAUAUAGCAAUGUCAUUAAUGGCCAACUACAUGACUAGAAGACACCGUUGGUUUAUGUGAAGUGAAAUCUAAUGACAGUAUUUCUAUAAGGGCAAAACGUAGUAAAGGGUGGGCAGUACGAGGAUGAGUUGGAGACUGAAAAGAAAGGACUGAGAAAGUAUAUGCAUGGUCAUUGGUAGAGCAAUAUCAGACAUCUGCUGUUAGGUCUCUGACCUCUAGUAGUUGCGUUGGUCUUGGUUUAGUUGGAUUAAAUUAAUUGAGAAGUAUAUUUUGUAUCACCAUUUUUUGUUAAACACAAUGAGAGGGUUUUCAGAGAUGUAUUGAAAAACUUUUAGUAUGUCUAUGCUCUGGAGAGUCCAUUGUGAUCAUAUCUAAAUAGAUACAUGAUAAACUUUUGCUAAUUAUUAUCUUUUACCUUUGGAACA